AUGUCCCUGACGUUCGUGACCCCGGACUCACUAGGCCAAAUCCAGCCGCCCCAACUCGAACUUUCUCCAAACACCCAUUCCGUCUACUUCUCCUCCCAAACAUCAUCCCAACGAUCAAAAAUCGGCUCAAAACACAAGCUCCUCCCACUCCGCGAAGGUCACUCCUACUACAUCACCAUCGAAACCCUCGACUCCUCCUCCACCUCCUCUGACGGAGACGGAGACGAAAUGUUCCCCCCUCCCGUCACCAACGAACCAGAUGCCAGCGUCCUCUGCGCGCAAAUUCCCCUCCUCGCCCGCAUCAACGUCGCGCAAGCCUACAAGGAGAACCGCACCAUCGCUCCCGCCGCCGAGAUGACGCUUUCCGGUCUCCAAGAGUCUGAAAGCGAAGCUUACGCCGCUCUGCUCGACGUCUACGCCAUUCAAUACCAGCGCGUCGUUGACAACCUCGAGGAGUGGAUCGCGCAGAUUAGACGAAGAGCACCAGUCAAAUACGACAUUGAGAAUCUCGUGCAGCUUUGUGGGUUCUUGGGGGCGUAUCAGGCUAGUAGGGAUAGGAAGUCCGAGGUUGCGAUGGAGAAGGCGGAUCGAGUGGAGGAUGUUGGAGAUGGGGUGCUUGAGGCUGCGAUGGCGGUUGCGGAGAAGAAGGUCGAGGAGUACUAUGUUGUUUGUGCUUCGCAGAGGUUGUGGGAGAUUGAGAGCGCGGAUAGGGUGGUUUUUGGGGAGGAUAUUGUGCGGGUUGAGAAGGUGGAGGAGGGAGUUCGAUUGGUGAUGAAGGGUGGGGAGGAGUGUGUUGUUUGUGAGGGCGAGGUGGAUGCUGUUGAGUACGCGAGGUUGGUGGAUGCUGCGGAGAAGAUGGCGCUGAACAAGGAGGCUGUUAAUGACGGAUCGGAGCAGACCGAGGGCCAAGAUGAUGGAAGCGGAAGUGCGUAUCCCGUCGUCAAUCCAGCUACGGCGAGCGAGAGCAUGUUCGACUGA